AUGGCAAAAGCUCUAGCAUUACUCAUGCUCUUAGUGAGCACUUUCACCGUGUUUGCACAAGCGUUUGAAAUUUUUCAACGCCCUCCUAUUAUUCCCCCAGUAGCAGCUUCACCUUAUUACCACCACCCUGAGCCUCCCUGUUCUACUACUCCAACCCACCCAUGGGCUCACCCCCCACAUCACCACCGCCGCGAGCACCACCACCACCACCACCACCCUCCAGCCCCUGCUCCUCUUAAACCUCCAACCAACCCAUGGGCUCACCCUCCACACCACCAUCACCGCCACCCGUGGGCUCACCCCCCACAUCAUCACGGCCGCUACGACCACCACCACCCUCCGCCUCCUGCUUGUCCUCCUUUUAAGCCCCCUACACACCAUCAUCAGUAUCACCCUCCUACUCCUGCUGACUCAUCAAUACGCUUCCAUCCCUAG